GUCUGCGCCGCCUGUGUCAAACUUUUGCUGUGUAAUCUGAGCGGACGAGGCUAAACAAGACGUCGGUGGCUUUAUAGUGAUUUUCUUAUUAUCUCAGGUCAUACCUGCUUAUACAGAAUGGAGUAUUUGAUCGGGAUCCAGGGGCCGGAUUACGUCCUCGUCGCCGCCGAUAAUGUUGCAGCCAGCAGCAUCAUUCAGAUGAAGCACGACUAUGACAAGAUGUUCAAACUAAGCGAGAAGAUCCUGCUGCUGUGUGUUGGAGAAGCAGGAGACACAGUUCAGUUUGCAGAGUACAUCCAGAAGAAUGUACAGCUCUACAAAAUGAGGAAUGGUUACGAACUCAGUCCAGCAGCAGCAGCAAAUUUCACACGAAAGAACCUUGCAGACUACCUUCGGAGUAGGACUCCGUAUCAUGUGAACCUGUUGCUGGCGGGCUACGAUGACACAGACGGCCCGGGUCUCUACUACAUGGACUACCUGUCUUCUCUGGCCAAGGCCCCCUUCGCCGCCCACGGCUACGGAGCCUUCCUCACUCUCUCCAUUCUUGACCGCUACUACAGACCAGAUCUGACCCGAGAAGAGGCGGUGGAUCUGCUGAAGAAGUGCAUCGAGGAGCUGAACAAGCGCUUCAUCCUGAACCUCACCUCCUUCACCGUCCGGUUGAUUGACAAGGAGGGCAUCCAGGACCUGGAGAAGCUCACCCUCGGCGCCAAGUGACCGCUCACUGCUCGGCUACCGACUCUCACGCCCUCGUUUCUUUUUGUACUGUUGACCUCCUUGCUCUUUCUGUUCCAAUAAAAAGUGACACACAGUUGAGAUACAA